AUUCUAUAUGAUUGACAAUUGUAUAAUCAGUUGUAAAAGUGACAAGAAAAUAGAGAGAAGUGAAAAGUGCUCACAUUCAUUUGGGUACAAAAGUAAUACAUUCAUUUAUGAAAAUAAAUUGAUUGUGAAAUGCAAGAGUUUCAUCAAAAUUUCGAUGAUCAACAAAAAGAGCACAACGAUCAGGACGAAACGAUCAUUGUUGUUGAUAUUGUUCCUUCACAAUUUCAACUUCGUCCAUCUGAUAGCCCUCCUCAUAGUCCAUCACAUAGUUCGCGUCAUAGUCCAUCACCUGGAAGUCUAUCUAAAACGCCAGAAAAAGGAAGUUCUUCAGGUGAUCAUCAAUUAACUCAACAACCAUUAUCUUCUAUGGACCCAAAUAUCCGAAGGUACAGAACGGCUUUUACCAGAGAACAAUUGUCCCGAUUAGAAAAAGAAUUUCAUCGUGAGAAUUAUGUUAGCAGACCACGAAGGUGUGAACUUGCUUCACAAUUACAUUUACCGGAAUCAACUAUUAAGGUUUGGUUUCAAAAUCGUCGGAUGAAAGACAAACGUCAACGUAUGGCAAUGGCAUGGCCAUACGCCAUGUAUGAUCCAACGUUAGCAGCCAGCUUGUUCGCAGCAGCCACAGCAUCGUUACCACCAACAUAUCAUGGAACGACACACUUAGCGUCAUCGUAUCCAGCUGCUGCGGCAGCGGCAUACUAUGCAGCAGCUCGAUAUUCUCCCUAUCCGAGUACAGUUUGUCCCACCACGACAGCAUCCUCCCUCCACAGGCCGCAACCACGAUCUGCGGCAACCUAUCCUACGACUCACUCUCAUUUAAUACACCAUACACUCUUACCUCCCCUCCAUUUAACAGGAUUGGGCGUUCCUAGUGUUGGCAGUACCGCCUUUCAAAUCAACGGAGCUACAUCUGCAAACGAAACAACUACUUAUAGGCCACCGUUAUUAAGUCCAGUAACAACACUCACAGAAGGAAGUCUUUUAAGGACAAGUCCAACAUCAAGUUCAACAACGGACCUAACUAACGGUCUGACAGGUAGUCCUUAUAGAACACCAUUACUUUCUAAAUUAAAUCAAGAUUCAGAAACAUCCAGUGAUUGCGAUUGUGCUUCCACGACAAAACAUCAAUCUCAUCACCCGACUAGUCCUCAAUUACUCUCCUAUCGAUGAAAAGCUCCAAUUCUUUAACUGUUCUUAUAACUAACAUACUCUUAUUUAUUUUUUCUCUUAUUUCUUCAUAUUACUUUUAGCAACAAAGGCUGAGAAGUAUUAGUAUCUGACUAAUUUAUUAUU